AAGUGGAGAGUGAAGGGAAAAGUGAAGUAGUAGUGGCAACAAAAAAAUGUUCAUCAGUAACGACAACUCUAUAUAUUGUAGGAAAACAGGAUAUGUGAUACUAGUGACCUGGUGGUACCCUUUGUUGCUUUGCGAUUCUUGUUCAAACUCCCGAAAGGAAGAAAAGAUUAUUUUUGUCAUCAAAGUUUACUUUAUAUAUUUACUUGAUUUUUUUUCAAAUAUAUAUUUGGGUAUUCAUAUAAAUUGAAUAUUCUUUUAGCUAACUUAUUUAUAUAAAAAUAAUAAAAAUAUUCAAGAUGUUAAGCUGUUCCAAGUUGAUGAUGUUCAACAAUCCUCGCAAUCAUUUAUCAAGAAAAUGGGGUUCAGUUAUUCAAGCAAAAAAAAAAUAUACUACACAAAAUAAUUUAUCAAAAGAAAACCAGGAAGAUGUCAUCUUUGAAGAGUUUGAUGACAAAGGUUUGAUCACUCUGAACAAACCAAGAGUCAUGAAUACACUGACUGAUUCAAUGUUAAAAAAAAUCAAUAAAGUUUUAAGACAAUGGGAAUCAACAAAGCAAAUUGUAGUGAUAAAAGGAGCUGAUGAAAAGGUAUUUUGCGCUGGUGGAGAUAUUAAGAAAAUGAGUUUUGCGAUAUCAAAACCAGAUGGUACAGAAAUCAUAAGAAAUGCUUUUUAUCAACUCUAUAUAACAAGCCAUUUAAUUAGAACCUUCAGAAAGCCUUACGUGGCAAUUAUAAAUGGUAUUGUGAUGGGAGGUGGUGUUGGUAUCUCAAUCCAUGGACAAUACAGAGUGUCAACAGAAACAACAAUAUUUGCAAUGCCAGAAACACGUAUUGGACAUUAUCCAAAUGCUGGUGCUACUUAUUUUCUUCCACGAAUAGAUGGACAUCUUGGAUUUUAUCUUGGCUUAACUGGAUACAAAUUAAAAGGAAGAGACGUUAAACUUACUGGAAUUUCAACACACCAUGUGUCUUCAUCUCGACUUGGAGAAUUAAAUGAAGCUCUUUUAGCACCUGGUGCUAUUGAUGUUGGUAAAAUUCUUGAUAAAUUUAAUGAACAUGAUUCAUCAGCUGAAUUGAGUCUGGCUAAACAUUUAAAACAAAUUAACUACUGCUUCUCUGGUGAUACUGUUGAAGAAAUUAUUAAAAGAUUAAAGGAAGACAAUAGCACCUGGGCUCAAAAAGUCAUUCAAACACUUGAAGAAUCGUCACCUACUAGUCUUAAAAUAACCUUGGAAAGUUUAAAACGAGGAAAAACUAUGAACUUUGCUGAAUGCUUGAAAAUGGAAUAUGUUUUGGAUUACAAUUUAUUAAAAAAAAAAUCAGAUUUCGAAGAAGGUGUUCGUGCUUUGCUGAUUAAUAAAGAUCUUUUGCCUGUAUGGAAUCCAAAAACUCUCGCUGAAGUUACAAAUGAGUAUAUUUAUAAUAAAUUUCGACCAAUGCCUAUGGAUAAACAAUUAAAAUUCAGAAUUAUGUAAAUAAAUUAUUGAGUCCUUUUUUUUUCUUUUAUUAAAAAAUAAUUAUACAAUCAUUGCAUAACAAGUGGAAAUUUUCUGUAUUUUUUUUUUUUAAUGCUCGAUCAAUUGAUAAAAAACAUGAAUCUAAGUGGAAUUCUCUAGCACUUGAUUAAUUAACAGAAAAUUAUAUAUUGUCAAUUAUGUUGGAUUUAUAAAAUUACUCUAUUUUUUAUUAUUAAAUUUUAAUUAGUAUUUAUAUUUGUAUUCAUUUAUAUAUUAAAUUUAAUUCGAAAAGUUGAUGAACAAUUAUUUUUAGUGAUAAUAAUCACAUGAUUCCGGAAAUAUGAAGAUGUCUAAAUGAUAUACCAAUUGGUUCAUUUAUAUGCAUUUAUGCUGGUAAAUUAUUAAUAAUACAAGAAGCAAAUGAGAAUUAAUUAUUUGUCGUUGUCGUGCAAAAAAUUUUCAAGAAUGUCUGCUCUCAUUAUAAAUUCACAAAGAAUAAAUAAAUGAAAAAACAAACAGAGAAGUAAUGUUUUUUUUUUUUUAUUAAGUUUCAUACAACAAUUAGAAAAAAAUAAUAGUAAAUAAGAAAAAAAAAGUUGAGAGACACUUGAAAUAUUUGAAAUUUUUUGAAUACAAAUGCAUUUUUUUUUUUUUUUUUACAUUUUUAAUCUAACAUUAAAAAUAAAAUUUCAAUAUUACUUAACUUAUUUAUUAGUUUGAUUAUAUACGUAAUUAUCAGAUGUAAUAUUAAAUAUUUAUUUUAUGUAUUUGGAAAAAGAACAUUGUAUUACUUUUGACAAACAUGUUAUUAUCAUUUUUAAUUUAUAAACUUCGUAACACAGAGUUUAUCA